AUGACAUCAAGAUAUAGAGUGGAGUAUGCUCUUAAGAGCCAUAGAAGAGACGAGUUCAUUGAGUGGAUCAAGGGUCUUUUGGCAGUUCCAUUUGUAUUACAUGCCGAUGUUAACAAUUAUGGUGACGAGAUCAGUCCAAUUUACAACGAUUUUGAAAAAUACGAAAAGUAUAUCGAAUCCAAUGAGGAAGAAAUUGCCAAAGAAUGCCAAAAACGGUAUUUAGAGAUAUUUGGAGAUGUUGAGUUAUUAAUUGAUAAUACCAUAUUACUUGAUAGACUAGAAAUUGAGAAGGGAUCUGGUCAAGUAUCAGCUAGUAGAUUACGACAAGUAGUACCGUCAGUUGGGAGGUUUUAUACUAGAUUGCCAUUGAGAAAAGCAUUUUUAAUUGAAGAUGACAGAAAACAAAUAUCAAAGAGAAGAUUGGUAAGUCCAAGUUUUAAUGAUAUUAGAUCGAUUUUAAGUACUGCUCAAAUACUUGCAUUAAGUAAAAUUUAUAAAAAUGGAGACGUUUCAGGUACAAAAUUGAAAUUGAUUACAUUUGACGGGGAUGUGACCCUAUAUGACGAUGGAAAAUCAUUAUCAACUGGUAAUGAACCGGUGGUUAAAAGAUUACUUAAGCUACUUGAGUUAGACAUUUUUGUUGCAAUUGUUACUGCUGCCGGGUAUCCCGGCCAGGAAGGAGUACCAAAGUACUACGAAAGAUUGAAAGGUUUAAUAGAUGCAGUAACUGAGUCAAAAGUAUUGAGUCCGCAUCAAAAGGAAAACUUUUUGGUUAUGGGAGGAGAAUCCAAUUACUUAUUUCGUUAUAACAAUGAAAUGAAGAAUUUAAAGUUUAUCGAAGGUGAUGAGUGGUAUUUAUCAGUUAUGGAGAAUUGGAGUAAAGAUAAAAUUAACUUUAUUAUGAAUUUAAUCCACAGACAUUUGAUUCACCUUCGUAGAAAAUUUAAUUUAGAUUCUGACGAAAAGACUACAAUUAUAAAGAAAGAAAGAUCGAUCGGAAUUAUACCAGCACCCGGUUUUGAAAUUAGUCGUGAACAAUUAGAAGAAAUUGUCUUAUCGUGUUCUUUAAAAUUGACCGAGAUUUCUAAUAAGUACGAUCAUAAUUUAAUACCAAUCCAAUUGCGCAAGAAAAGCGAUUCUGGAGUCCCGACUACUAGCAUUGAUUCACAACCGGAAAAUGAAGGAUCCAAAAUCAAUUUCUGUGCUUUUAACGGGGGCAGAGAUGUUUGGGUCGAUGUUGGUGAUAAAAGUCUCGGAGUUGAAUGUUUGCAAAAAUAUUUAUGCAAAGACGAAAAGUAUAAUCACAUUUGUCCAAUUCAAAAAAGUGAAAGUUUGCACAUCGGGGAUCAAUUUGCUUCAUUGGGUGCAAACGAUUUCAAAGCAAGAUUGAGUGCCUGUACGGUUUGGAUUGCAAAUCCUAAAGAAACGGUUGCCAUCCUAGAUGAUUUACUCCAUGAAAUUGGAGUAUCUUUAUAA